AAGACUCUCCUCAGAGCUGCCUGUAUUUCAUCUGUAUCAUUCCCAAAUUUAUUCUGUAUCUUAAGUUGCUUGUUGUACUUGCUAAAUAAAUCACUCUCGAAGUUUCUUUCAUUGGAAAUUGUGAAAAUAUUGGUCAUUUUCCCAAAUUGCGUGAUGACCAGGAAAAGUUUAUUGGCAAAUUUAUGGACGACAAAAUCCGUGUCCACACCGGCUACUGAGAACUUUUGAACGGCAUCAAAGGUAGAAGACAUUUUUCACAAAGAUUUAUUAGAUAAAAAUCCAAAAUAACGUAAGAAAACCACUUUUCCGGCAGAAUUGGUAAAAUUAUUCCCGCAAAAAUUGGUUUGUUUACAAUUUUCAUGGCGGCGAAAUAUGACAUGUAGGAAAUGUCAAACUGAGCGACAUUCGCCGGCCAAUCAAAGUAACUCAGCGACAGUUUUGUUUGUGAAGAAGAAAAGUGGAAGUCGCAGAAAUUGCUGGUAAUCUCGCAAGGAGUGUUGUUUUUAGUGAAUUUCCUGUUCCCAGUGCAGAAUGUCGGAUAUAAAAUCAGAGAUAGACAGUGAUAUCGAACAAAAUUACUCAAUCAACAGCAAUGCAGACCCCAAGAACAUGCACGAGUUGACUAUUUACGUGCAGAAUCUCCUGCAAAAUGUUCAGGACAAGUUCCAAUCUAUGUCGGACCAAAUUAUCUCCCGCAUUGACGAUAUGGGCAAUCGGAUUGAUGACCUAGAGAAGAGUAUAGCAGACCUCAUGACUCAGGCUGGAGUAGAAGGUCCGGAAAAAUAGAGGCUUCUGGCGGAAUUGCUGUGGAGAGACAUGCGAAUAUUCCACCGUAAUCGGCUUCUCACCCAAUCACCUGCUCAAGCUAAUCUCUAUCAUUGUUUUUUCUACGUAAAAUAACCAGCCUCAGAACCAAAUCCAAUGGCCCUAAAUGGGAGUAGGAGACGCACCAGGUAAUCAAUUUGUAUCCACCCCCAAAAAAAUGUGAGAUAAUAAAAUAUCUGUGUAGAA